UUCACUCCCGGGUCUUCCUGGGUAACGGGUCACUUUGGAGGAAGACAGCUCAAAAGGAGGCACUAUGACGGGCAGCAUCGCGGGAAUCGAGAGGUUUGACAGUCCGGGUAAAGGGCGAGGUCUCCGCGUUACUAAGCCCUUUAAAACUGGAGAGCUGUUGUUUUCCACUCCUGCGCACUCUUAUGUUCUGUCAGUAAAGGAGAGAGGCUGCUACUGUGAGUUCUGCUUCACCAGGAAAGAAGGCCUGGCAAGAUGUGGGAAAUGCAAGAAAGCCUUCUACUGCAAUGCCAAAUGCCAGAAAGGGGACUGGGCAAUGCACAAACUGGAGUGCUCUGCCUUAACUGCUUUUGGAGAGAACUGGUGCCCGUCAGAAAUAUCCCGCCUCGUGGCCCGGAUCCUCGCCAAGAAGAAAACGCAGAAAGAAAGAUGUGCUUCGGAGAAGAUGUUGCUCAUAGAAGAGAUACAAUCACAUGAGGAGGACGUAGAUAACGAGAAAAGAGAGAUGAACGAGUCCGACAUUGCCGGACUGCAUCGAUUUUUUACCAAACAUUUAGAGUUGCCCAACCAUAAAGACCUCGUCACACUUUUCUCUCAGGUGUCCUGUAAUGGUUUCACCAUAGAAGAUGAUGAACUGUCCCACAUGGGUACUGCAGUCUACCCAGAUGUGGCAUUGAUAAACCACAGCUGUCUUCCCAGCGUCAUAGUCACAUACAACGGGACGUCGGCUGAGAUUCGGGCGGUGAAGAACAUGCAGCCUGGAGAUGAAGUGCUCAUCAGCUACAUCGACCUGCUCUAUCCAACAGACGACCGCAACAACAGGCUGAGAGAGUCUUACUACUUCUCCUGUGACUGCCAGGAAUGUAAGACAAAGUCCAAGGACAAGGCAAAGUUAAAAGCACGUAAGCGCAGUGACCCCAUAGAGCCAGAGGUCAUCAGCAGCAUGGUGCGCUACGCCAGGAAAACCAUCAGAGAGUUCCGGGCUUUCAAACAGAUAAAGACCCCUAGUGAGUUGCUGGAGAUGUGUGAGCAGAGCCUGGACGAGAUGGGAGCUGUCUUUGAUGACGCCAAUGUUUACAUGCUUCACAUGAUGUACCAGGCCAUGGGGGUCUGUCUUUACAUGGAAGAUCCCGAGGGGGCCAUCAGAUACGGCGAGAAGAUCCUCAAACACUACUGCAAGCUGUAUCCACCCUACUCUUUAAAUGUGUCCUCCAUGUACCUGAAGUUGGGCAGACUGUACAUGGGCAUGGAGAGGUACUCAGUGGGAGUCACUGCUCUCAAGAAGGCAAUGGCCAUAAUGGAGGUGGCUCAUGGGAAGAAUCACUCUUACUUGACAGAGCUGCGCAAAGAAAUUACCAAAAGAUGACCAAAAAAGAAUGGAAUCAAUACAGAACUUUACAGAACUGAAGGCCCUUUCUGAUCUCUUUGGACCUGAAGGAAAGAUACUAGCGUUCAUGUUUUUAUGCAAAGUUUCAAGCAAUAAAAAUAUGUUGGGACUUUUGGAUUUUUUCCGUCAGAGAAUGUAUGUAAGAACUUUUAUGUUUUUUGAAUCCAGGAUCAUUUUUGCUUUUUCAGCACUAAAUCUAAAUCUGCUUUUUACUCAUGUUGCUCUGAGCCAAUACAUUUCUACGAUACUGUGAGAGACCCUCUUCAACGCGUACAUUAGCAAAAUAAAGGGAAUGAUUGAAGCAUUCCAGAAUAAAUUCCUUUGUGGCCAAAGUCUUAAAGAAAAUAAGGCUUUAUUGCAUAAUAAGCAAGUACGACAGGUUCAUACAUGUCUGGGGAGAGAAAAACAAAAGACUUUAUGCACUGAAAACGCAUAUACAAAACAUAUGUACACAUACUUUGAAACGUAUUUGGGAGUUCUGCCACAAAGAAAAAUGAAGGGGAAAAAUUAAAUAUAAACAAACAGUGGAAUGCCGUGUGAGAAAAUACUGUCACAAAGAGAACAGAAGUGCAAAGAAACACUUAUAUGUCAAGAGAGCAUAAAGCUUAUACUUAUUUGAGAAUAUAUACAUUGAAAUAUAAAAAUGCAUGCAUAGUUUAUUAUGUUGCGGUAUUUUUAGGGUACCAAGUCAAAAGAAGAAACUAUAUAAAACAUUUGUAGAAAUCUUUUCUCACAUGCCCAUUAUUUACAAAGUUAAUCUGGACAUGGCUGGCUUUGCAUCACGAUUCAGAAGAAUAAAAAAGAAGAUUGAAUGUGAAAGAAGUGAAGUUUUAUAAACAGGAACCAGGAACAUAGCAUCAAAGUCAUCUUAUAGGCUUGGAUCAGAUUUGUAUUAAAGGCCAUUGUUUUUUAGUCACUUGUGUCAUGCGUCCUUUCAAAACCAAACCACCUCAUACUGCCAAAUCUUUACCUCAGAGGUAGGCAAACGAUUUGAAAUGUUGUAACAAACACAAAUUAUUAAAUACCGAUUUUAAGAUUUAAUCUUUGGAGGUAAAAAAAAGGAUUUCACUUUUGAAAACACAUCCAGGACCCUAAAACAAGGAAACGUCUUCUCCUUGUUUCAAUAAGGCACAAUAACACAGCGUGUACAGUGUUUGCUGUAUCAGAAACAAUUCUCUAUUUACUGCGAGUGCCAUGAUAUCUAUAAAUGUUCUCCAUUUAUUUGGACAAAUACUUUUUAGACUUUUGAAAUGCUUCUCAGUGGGAAAAGUGACAAAACACAGUGGAUCACAGGGAGCUGUGA